AUUUCAGUAGAAGCGUGAUGGUCACUCAGCUGCAGUCUGCAGCUGCAGCAAAUGCAAGCAGCAGAUUGAUCGUUGUUUUUCUACUGCUGUUGCUUUGUCAGUGUCUCCACGCUCAAUGUCCCUCUGAAUGUGACUGCCUGGAUACUUCCGUGUUCUGCUCUUCCAAACAACUGACGGAGAUUCCAUCGGGCAUCUCGGAAUCGACAACGAACUUAGAUUUGAGCUCUAAUCAGAUUGCCAGUAUUCAAGAUGGUUUGUUCAGUGAGAGGAAACUGGGAGAAUUGAGAAAACUGAAUCUGAAUAGCAAUCAGCUGACAAGUAUUGAGUUUGGAACAUUUACUGGACUCCCACUUUUGACAGAAUUGUAUUUAGACAAUAACCAGAUUUCGGAGAUCGAAGAUAGAGCAUUUGCUGCACUUCCUCAACUUCAAGUUUUGCAACUCAAUGGCAACAGGCUUGAAAAAUUUGGACGUUACAUUCUCGCUGGACUAUCACUGCUACGGAGACUUCAUAUUUGUUGCAUGUCAACUUUGACCAGUGUGGAAGAUGGAGCCUUGGAACACGUUGAAUAUCUUCAGCAACUAGACUUGCAACGUAACAGCUUACAGACACUACCAUUGGAUCUGCGCCUCUCGCUUUCACAAUUGACUAGUUUGCAGCUUUCAAAUAGUGAAAUCAGCUCGUUGACUGCAGGCGCAUUUGGAGGCUUGUCAUCAUUACCAACGCUAUCUUUGUCUAAUCUUGACUUGUCCUCUCUACCUUCGAAUGCUUUCACUGGAUUAGCAACUCUGACAACAUUGACAAUAUCAAGUAUGCAUUCUCUGACAUCUCUACCAGCUGGUGUAUUCUCAGGUUUAUCAUCUCUACGUACAUUGACUUUGCAAUUUCUUGGUUUAACGUCGUUGGCAGCAAACACUUUCUCUGGCCUUUCAAAUCUACAAACGUUAUAUAUACGUCACAAUUCUAAUUUGGAAAGUAUUCAAUUGAACACGUUCAAGGGUUUGACAAGUUUAGAAGCAUUAUAUCUAUACUCCAACAGUCUGACUGUAGUUCUUAGUGACACAUUUAAAGACAUGUCUAGUCUGACAUCAUUAGAUUUGAGGUACAAUAGCAUUGCCACUGUGUAUAAAGGUUCAUUCAAUGAUUUGGCAAACUUGCGGUCGUUGGAUUUGCAUUCCAACAGACUGUCUGAUAUUCCUUCAUUGACUUUUCAUGAUUUAGAAAAAGUGACAUCUUUGAAUCUGCGCAACAAUCCAGUAGAUACUAUUCACAGCAGUUCCUUUAGUGGUCUGUCAAGUCUUACAUCUUUGUGA